UGACAUACCCUUCAUUCCGAACGCCUAAAAGUCACAAUCCGAGUCCCGGGCCAAAAUACAGGUCGAAUAUCGAAUCCAAAUUUGAAUCUUUUGUUCGCAGCUGCGCCGAUCCGGUCCACAACGAUCCAAAGAUGUCCGAACAGUUCAACUUCAACGACGCCUUCAACAGCCAGACCAUGCGUGGUCGCGCCAAUGUUGCCAAGGCCACCUGGGCCUCGGUGGGCCUCGUCUACGUCCUGGUCAAGAUGCAUCGCCGCAACUCGAAGCGGCGCGAGGCCAUGCUCUACUGCAAGGGCUGCCAGCAGGCCAUGCUCCAUGGCUAGGGCGCCGAUGCUGCCAAAUCCUUGAAGUGCAGUCCCAUGUCCCCACUCCUUCGGCUAUGGAUUACUCAGUAAUCCAUAUCUAGUUAUAAUCAUCACCCCGUUUGCGGUCCCUGCCACAGUUACUGUACUCCUGUACUCCCGUUGAGUCAAUAAAAAUCGAAUCU